AUGUUUAAUCAUAAAAGGAGCGUGAACAUUGUUAGACGUAGAGGUUUUUCUUCUGAACUGCAAUACUUCGAUAUUAGGGCCUCAUCACCGAACUCUACUUGUCGCCAUACAAAACAAAGUCCCAUACUCGUUGUUGACGAACUAGGAUAUCUGUGUAAUUAUUUUAAUCUCCUGACAAAUAGUUGUUGCCCGUUUCAAAACUUAACACAGCGCUUUUUUUGUCAUUCAUGCAAAUCUAAUUACUGCUGUUCUAUCUACGAACAUUGUGUUUCUUGCUGCCUCAAUCCAAUUAAUAAAUCCCUGUGGGAUAAAGUUCAAAAUCUUAGUGCUAACUAUAAACGUCAUCUACAAUUAGCUACAGAUGCAUUCGAAUUUUGUAUAGCAGUUUGUAGAACUUCUUCACUAAGUGUCUUGCAUGAAAAUCGGUACCGCAAUUUGGAAGAACUUUAUUGCUUUGGGCUGAAAAGUUCAAAUACUCCAACACACUGA